AUGGCUUAUGCUUCUGUUGUUUCUCUUGCUCAAACUCUGGAGCAACUCAAUUCCAGAAUCCCAGCCUUUCAUGAUGAUAGUAGCAAGAGAAGUUAUCACCAAGAAAAACUCACAUUUUUGGUUGGAAAGUUUAGACAUGCACUAAAUGAAGCUGAAGAUAUUAUUGAACUAAAGAUUUGUGAAAUUCAUGAAAGGGGAAGUUUGAGUGGUAUUGAAAAAGCAAGUGAAGAUUUACUAGCAAGUUUACUACCACUAGUAGAGAAAAUUGAGUUAAUAAGGAAAGAGUUGGUGCUGAGUCUUGAGACUUGCACUAGCCAUGGCCAUGACAUUGAAUCUGCUGAUGAUCAUUUCAAGACUCGGGAAUCUAUGCUUGGAAGUCCGUCUAGAAGUAGUUUUAAUACAAAUGCUGUUGUGGGUCUUGAUGAUGAUUUGGAGAAGAUUAUAGAAAGACUACUUGGGUCCUCAUCCGAGAGAAAAGUUGUUGCCAUUACAGGUAUGGGUGGAAUUGGCAAAACGAUACUUGCUAAAAAAGCUUAUGAUCAUCGUCAAGUUAGGUGUCGCUUUGACAUUCACGCAUGGGUUACAGUAUCUCGAGAGUAUGGAAUGAGAAGAUUGUUGUUAAGUCUCGUCUGUUGCAUUCCAGGCAUGACUGAUAAAUUUCUAGAGAAGACUGAGGAUAAAUUAGCAGAGUUGUUAUAUAGAAGAGUAAAGGAUCGAAGAUAUCUUAUUGUCGUUGAUGAUAUUUGGAGUACCGAAGUUUGGGACAAUGUAACAAGAUGUUUUCCAGAUGACAACAAUGGGAGUCGAAUCAUAUUAACCAGCAGGCUUAAGGAUGUGGCCACUUAUGCGAAUCCUGAUAGCCCUUUGCAUGAGAUGGGGGUAUUAAGUUUAGAUGAUAGUUGGAAAUUACUUUCUAUUAAGGUUUUUGAGGCAAAUGAUCUUUGUCCUUCUGAGUUGGAGGUUAUCGGGAAGCAAAUAGCAGAAAAAUGUGGUGGACUUCCUUUGGCAAUUCUGGUGGUUGCAGGGCAUCUUUCUAAAAUUGCUAGGAGAAGAGAAAGUUGGAUUAUUGUUGCCAAAACUCUAAGUUCAGUUGUUGCUAAUGAUCCUGAUAAAUGCCUAGGAGUGCUUGGUAUGAGUUACAACUACCUACCGAACCACCUCAAGCCAUGCUUCCUCUCUAUGGGAGCUUUUCCCGAAGACUUUGAAAUAAAAGCUCGGACUUUGAUCCAAGUUUGGGUUGCUGAAGGGUUUUAA